ACCACCCACAAGAAGUACUCUCAGACUCGCACCCUCAACAAGCCUUUCCGAUUCGUCUUUCUUUCGCAAUCUGUUUUCCUCAUCCCCCUUCGCGUCGUCGAGCAAGGCACCAGAAGUUGACAUGUCGGUCAAGCAAUUCGUCGAGGACGCUAUCGCUGAGAACGAUGUUGUUGUCUUCUCCAAGAGUUGGUGUGGCUACAGCCGUCGGGCGAAGAGUCUGAUAAAAGACCAGCCUCAGGAAGUGCUCGAAGGCAAGAAGGUGAAAGUGAUCGAGCUCGACGAAAAAGAUGACGGCGACGAAAUCCAAUCUUACCUUCUGUCUAAAACCGGGCAGAGAACCGUACCUAACGUUUUCAUCAACCAGAAGCACAUUGGUGGGAACGACGAUUUACAAGCGCUCCACCGAAAGGAGGGUUUACCCAACGUCAUUGCUGGCACUGCGUAAGACACGAUUUUUAAGCAACUCUCCUUCCCUAAGUGUGCCGCCGAACGAUACAGAUUGAGUAGAAGUCGCCUGUGAUUGUUGUAGCAAAAUAAUACCAACUCUCAAACUGCAGUGUUUUGACUGUCCUACAGAAGUAUUUGUUCAA